AUGAAAUUCUAUUAUAUUGUCAUUAUUUUAUCAGUUCUGUAUAAAAGUCUUCCAGUUUUAACUAAAGGUGAAACGCUAUCAUCAAGUAAAGCGAAUACUUCUGAACAAAAAGGAUGGAAUAUUCAACUUGACAUUUAUUUUGCGAAAACUUUACCUUCCGUCGUUAGAAAAACACCAGGGACUGAUGCCCGGUUGAAAUGUGAAGCCUACAUGAAUUUUACAAAAGUAGAAAAAUUUAUCAAAAAUGAUGCUGGCAUUGAGACUUCAUCAACAGAGUUACCUGGUCAUAUUGUUCAAACUCUAAUGGAGAAUGUGAAAGUGUACUGGCUAAAAGACAACAAACCACUAAUAGAAAGUGGCAAAACUAAAAUAUUGACUAAAGUAGAUAAAAGAAAUGGCACAAUUGGCACUACACUUAAAAUUAAAAAUUUAAUUUUUUCUGACACAGGAAACUUUACAUGUGUGAUAAAACAAAAUUACGAAAAAAAACUUACUUCUAGAUUGAUUGUUGAAAGCGAGGAAACUCAAAACUAUGAACUCUCCUCAUCAGUGCAACCUAGCAAUGAGAAUUCUAAUGAAUACAUUGUGGAUAUUAAAGCAACACCUAAUUUGGUGUCUGAAGGUAUGAUUGUAGAGGAAGAUAAAACUGAAAAGAAUUUUACAUUUAUAAAAACAUUAGAGCCCAUUUGUCAAGAGUAUGUUGGAAAAGUAUGCAUUACACAUCUUAGUGGACAAUUUGUAUAUAUACCUUACAAUACAACUCAAGCUGCUUUAGAAGAUAAAUUAUUGAAAGCUUUUCAAGUAACAAGAUAUUCAAAUGACAUAAGUUCCCACUGUGAAAGGUAUGCUGAGCCUAGUCUUUGCUAUUCCACAUUUCCUAUAUGUAGAAAUCCAAUCAGUACUAACAAGAAAUAUUUUUUUGAAGCUAAAAAGAUUUUCAUGUUACAAAAUGAAUCUCUUAAAACAUAUGAGGAUGAAUCACCUAAAGUAAUAUAUAAUAGACUCCCGGGUGGACCUCAACCACAACUAGCUACAAACUCAAAUAUAUCAAUAGAAACAUUUAACUUUAGAUACAAUUCAACAAUAUUAAGGCGUGUUUGUAAACAGGAUUGUGAAAUUCUAGAAACUGAACUCUGCCAAACUGAAUAUGCAAUAGCUAAGCGCCAUCCACAUAUUGGACUUCAGUUGACAUUAGAAGAGUGUAAAAAUUUGCCUGAGGAUGACCUGUUAUGCUUAAAAAUUGGUAUUGGUACUCUGAUUGCCUCAGACGAUAAAUGCUAUUGGGAAGAUGGAAGUGGUUAUCUUGGGAGAGUAAAUGUCGCUGCCAAUGGAAUGCCUUGUGUUGCUUGGUCUUUGCAAAUGGUCCACAAACCUUCAGAUCAUCCCGAACUAGCAGGUCGGCAUAGUUAUUGUAGAAACCCGGGUGGCAUCAGAUCCCAACCCUGGUGUGUGGUUAAGUUAGAUAAUGAAGGAAAAACUGAUCAACUAUGUGACAUUCCAAAGUGUGCACAUAAAAUUUGGAUAUAUAUACUUGCUGUUUUUAUGUUUGUUAUUGUUGUCAUAGGGGCUUUUAUUGCAUGUGUAGUGAAAAGAAAGAAAAGUGGCAGUGCCUCAACAAUAAGAGACAUUAACCUACCAAAUGCUGAUAAAAAUAUUUAUGGGGAUUCAAGACUUAAUUCUCCCAUAGAAAUGAAUGAAUUGUUGACAAAUCAGAAUAAUAGCAGUCAGCCCCAUUUAACUAGGCCUGUUAGAGGAAACGGAGUUCUUCGUGUGCCCCAGUAUUCUUUAUCACAAAUAAAAUUUCUUGAAGAGCUGGGAGAAGGUGCAUUUGGGAAAGUCUAUAAAGGUGCUCUCAAGAAGAAUGGUGAAACACAGUAUGUUGCUGUAAAAGCACUGAAAGAAAAUGCCUCUGCAAAAACAAAAGCUGAUUUUAGAAGGGAGAUUGAUCUGAUUUCUGAAUUAACCCAUGAGAACAUUGUGUGUAUCGUUGGUGUUGCUCUAAGAGAAGAGCCAUUGUGCAUGCUUUUUGAAUUUAUGGCUCGUGGGGAUCUGCAUGAAUUCCUUAUGGGUCGUGCUCCACCUUCAGGAAAAGGAUUACCACCAAUGCGUUUACUAAACAUUGCAUACAACAUUGCCUCUGGUAUGCAGUACCUUGCUUCCCACCAUUAUGUCCAUAGAGAUUUGGCAGCAAGAAACUGCUUAGUUUCUGAUGAUUUUGUUGUUAAAAUAUCUGAUUUUGGAUUAUCUCGUGAUAUCUACAGUUCAGAUUAUUACAGAGUGCAGUCUAAAAGCCUGUUGCCAGUGAGAUGGAUGCCGCCAGAAUCCAUUCUGUAUGGGAAAUUUACAACUGAGAGUGAUAUUUGGUCGUAUGGUGUUGUUCUUUGGGAGAUAUACAGCUAUGGAUUACAACCAUAUUAUGGGUAUAGUAAUCAAGAAGUCAUAUCUAUGGUCCGCGGGGGUGAAUUGUUAGCACCGCCGGUUGCCUGCCCACAGUCUAUGUAUGCACUGAUGACAGAGUGCUGGAAACACACUCCACAGAGACGGCCCAACUUUGAAGAAAUCGUCAACAGGAUUCACGAUUGGAUCCAAAUGGGUGGGUGCCCGGAGACAGCCGCCCCAGACACAAGUGCGUGCGCUUUCAAACCAACAUCGAGUCGCGAUUUUCCUGAACGAGUGCCCUUAAUCCCACCACAUUGCUCAUCUUCUAACGGAUCACUGGCUACGGGCAGUUUAAAGAAAUUCAGUACAGCAGGAAGCUCAAGGGGGGAUGACAAUUUCUCAACAUGCAGCGAAGUCCCGCCCCUUGCACCUAAAACGAAGAAACUUAGCUCUGGUUCGCUUAUAGACACAGAUAAAGUUGGCAGAGAGACAAUAGUUAGAAUACCUAACACUCACUUUGGUAACGAGAUAUAA